CAGGCUUCGAACAGUGCUUAACAUGGCGUUAAGAAUUUUGUGUCUCCUCAGCCUUCUGGCGUUCUCUCAAGCUGGGAUCUUGCCACUCUUUGAUCCCAGGAUCGUAAAUGGAAAAGAUGCUAAAGCAGGCGAGAUUCCACAUCAAGUUUCUCUUCAAUACAAAGAUUCUUCCUUCCAUUUUUGUGGCGGCUCAAUCCUGAACAAUAAUUAUGUCAUCACGGCAGCUCACUGCGCUGUGGCAAUAGAAUCACCCAGUAGCGUAAAAGUUAUUGUUGGCACUCUCAACUUAAUUCACCCAAAAUCAGAGCAUAACGUUGUAAAAAUUAUUGUACACGAAGAAUAUGAUUCUCUUAAUUCUUGGAUUAACGAUAUAGCUUUAUUGCAGGUCGAAACUCCUUUCGUAAUAUCUACAACCGUCGGGCAUGUUCCUUUGCCACCAAAAGGUUAUGAGAUUAAAACCAAUGAUAUAGCCAUUGUGUCGGGAUGGGGCAGACUCUGGCAAGGAGGACCAACCACUGUUAAACUACAACGAGUCAAUAUCUUCAUCGCUGAUCGUGCCUACUGCCGAUAUAUGUACAAUCAAAUAAGUUACAACAUUUAUGCCACGCAGGUUUGCGCAUAUGAUGCAUCAAUCGAAAAAGGAUCAUGUCACGGUGACUCUGGUGGCCCAUUGACUAUUGAAGGAAAACUCAUUGGAUUGGUAUCCUGGGCGAAUGGUUGCGCCAGUACCACCUAUCCCACUGUAUACACAAGCGUCGUCGCUUACCUGGAUUGGAUUAAGUCUAAAGCAGUCUGAACUAAUCUAAAUUUUGCAUCCAUCAAUGAUUCAUACUAUCGUCUUCGUUAGUAUAAUUUUGUAAUUAUCGGUUCUUAAAAUUCGGAAAAGAAAGAUGUUUUUUUUUUUUAUGUAAAAGCCAAUAACGGUGUGACAUAGGGUUGUACAUAAUAAGUGCCCUCAAAAUUCUGUACACAUUUUCGACGAAAUAAAUUAAUUCUUUCCGUAA